CUUUCCUUUUUACGAAUACACGAGACGUGGCUAUUUGGGGGGAAUACAGGAGACGUGCCAUUUUACGGGGAAUACAGGAGACGUGGCGGCUAUGAACCUUUCACGUGGGCUUUUCUUUCGAAAGAUUCACGUGGGCUGAUACGUUGUUUGUUGGACGAAGCGUCUGAUGCAUGCCAGGACAGCGACUCUGCCCGACCAUAUAACCUCGCGUGGCUCCCCUCUCCAUUCCACACAUCACGGAGCCAUAGAAUCGAGGAGUGCCAUCGCAGACACAGCUAGCACAAGUCUUUCUUUACUUGACUCGUCUCAGCAAUCAGGAUGCACUUGACGAUGAGCUCUGCGGAGAAGCGAGCCGGGCGUUUCCGUCUGCCCCGCAGCACCCUGUCCUCGCGCGCGCACCUCGACAUCAACGUACGCAAGCUUUGGGCGUGGCCGGCCUCCGGCGACGACGACGGGCUCACCCGCGCGGAGUCCGUCCUGGCCACGCUCGGCGGGCUCCUUGCGGAGCCACGGGCCGCGGCGGCGCUCCGCGCCCACGGUGACGACCGGAUCCUCGACGUCUUCCUCGAGCUCGCCGACGUAUGCGGCUCAUUCGGGCGGGCGCUGCUCGCGCUCAAGCAGAGCAUCACGGAACUGCGGGCGGUUGUCCAGCGACGGCACGGGGACGCCACGGCAACAGUCGCCACGGCGCUCCGCGCGCGCAGGCGCGCCGAGAAAGAGAUACGCCGUCUCGCGGCCGCUAUACGGCGCGUCUCGAGAGACGCCACCGUGCUGUCGGAUGGCGACUCGGUGACCGGCAUUGUUUUUAGAGUUGUGGCUGACGUGGCCGCGGCCACCGCAGCGGCGCCGGAGGCCAUCUUCCGAAGGUGCGCUGCGAUGUCCCCGGACGUGUCGGCCGUGGCCCAAUCAGUGCCAUGGCUUGCGAGGUUGCGGGUGCCACCGCCGCCGGCGACUAACAAGGUAGUGUCAGAAAUGGCGGCGGCGUUGGAGAGUCUGGAGGAGCGCAUUGGCGAGAUCAAGCGUGGGAGCGAGAAGGUGUUUCGGAGUUUGCUACGGACGAGAGUUUCGCUUCUCAACAUUCAUAGUUCCUUCUAA